AUGCGGUCAUUCUUUGUUUCUGACCAUGUCGCCCUCAAACGAGAUGUCUCCAUUUACGGUCUCGUCCGCGCCACUUCCAAUGAUCCUGCCGCCUUUUACGCGACAAGCGACGUGAUUGUAGCUCAUGGCUAUGUCCCGGCUAAUGUCCUUGACGAAUUUCUCACCACUUCCGUCCCCCCGAAUGGAUAUGUCUACGUCGAAUUUGCUCACGCCGCGGCAGUGUGUUCCCUUGUCGGUGUGGAUGACAUUGUCCUCGUCAGUCGAGCCUUCAAGUUGGGCGACAGUGUCAAGCAAGAUGGAAGCCCCCUGACGGGUACGGUUGUCAAUAUUUCGGAAACUUACAUCCUUGAACCUGUCUUCCCGAGUGACUACCCGCCGUGGCGGAACUGCACGCAAGAGUGUCCGUCAACCUUACCCGAGCACUUCACCCAUCCCAAUCCACACGUCCUCCUUUACGAUGUCCCUGCAAGAGAAGUCACAAGAGCACAGGAUGUCAUUCCAGAGGAUUGUAUAAUACGUCGCAAAUGGCCUGGAGAGGUGGAAUACGCCGAGUACGACACUGUGGUGAUGCUGGCCGACUUCUCCAUCGCAGUCAUCUCCAAUUCUGUCGGCCUGCGUAUGCCUAUAGCCCACGGUGAGAUGCCUCUCAUUACAUCUCCUGAGCUCGGCGGCCUCUUGCCGCCUGGUAUGCUGGCAUCGACUCACGGCUGGCCAAACACUAUUCCUGUAUCACACCCACGACGGGGUGACUUUGUCAUCGUGGAUCGUCCUCAACUGCGGAACGCAACAUGGUUAUGUGGCUCCUACGAUCCGAAGGUCCCUUCUGAAGGCAUCGUCCUUGAUUGUCGAGCUCAUGAGGUCACAGUCGAUUGGAUCUCCGGCAAAACUCGGCGAGGAGACACAUCCUACGCUGCGUUGGUGCCCGAGGAGACGAUAUCUAUCUACAAGGACAUCCAGACUUUCCGUGGGUUUCCAGAGAUGCGCACGAAGAAGGAUGUCAUUAUCUAUGACGCUGGCAGAAUGCCUGUCGAGUCCUUUCGUCACAACGAACACGGCAUCGAAACUGGAUCUGCCCAUGCUCAGGCACUCCCUCCCGAACCCCACUAUCUCCGAGAACUUUACUCAGGGCAGGAGCUGGAAGUUGGCAUGCGGGUCAAGUUCCGCGAUCUUUCGGCAGCUGCGGUAAAAUAUCAAGGGAUCGAGGGGUCCACACAUGGCAUGCUUCACCGGGUGACCAAACAUGCAUCUGGUGAUUGGAAUCUGGAUGAGUAUAAGAUUGUUUUCAUGCAACAGUCUGCUACUGUCAUGUGGCAAGACGGAAGCGUCGUCACGGUUAAUUCAACGUCCCUGACAGACUUUGCCCUCUUCGAAGCUGACAUUCUCCCUACGGACAUUGUGUUCAAACGAGAAGGGAUGCGGCAAAGACCACUUGACCAGAAAGGGGAGGCAGGCGGUGCACCAAAAGACUUCGACGAGAUGGCAUUCUUUGAGCGGCCCCAUGAUUUGCUCCCUGCCGCUGUGGGCGUGGUCCAGUCAGUUGAUCCCAUCGAGAAGGUCGCUCGUGUGCGGUGGUUCAAAGAACCUAAGAUUGAAAUUCUCGCACCAAGCCUGGUUCUAGCACCGAGCUCUCGAUUCGGUGCCAUAGGAGAUGAGAUUGAAGAUGUGUCUCUCUUCGAAAUCAUGGCAUUCCCCUCGUUGUUCAGUCAACGAGGUGAUAUUUGUUUCAUUACAGCUCCGGGUCAGCUCAAACUCGCACAUGACGUGCUUUCCGAAUCCUCCCUGCCAGAUCACACCAGGAUAGGCUCGACGUCUUCGCACGGUCCAGGUUCCGGCACCAAUAAACGCAUUCGGCUGGAGCAUUCUCAGGCAUCGCCUUUGGCAACGAGAACCAGUACAGAACAACAUCCGAAUCCAGCGGAGUCCCCGCCAUCUGUCUGGAUUGGCCAGGUUGUGGCGCUGGGACUCGAUGGCCUCGUUAGGGUUCGUUUAGGAACAUCGGAGCCUUGUCGAGACGUGUUCGUCGAUGCCGACUCGGUUCUUACAGUUUUCAGCAGCCGGUCGGUAUCGCCAGGCGAUUUCUCGACAGAUGACGGUCCCGUGGACGUAGGCUCUUUGAGUGGUUGGAGUGGAGUUGACCCCACCUUUAAUCUAGACUUUCCGCGGCCCAUAUCGCAAACCGUGGAGUACGAAGGCGGGGAACGUCUCGACAAUGACAGCGGCGAUGAGAAUUGGGUGUCUGACGAGGACGUGGCAUUCGAGGACGCCGAAGAAGUCUUACACGGCAAAGACAGAGAUCGGGAAAGGGUGGACAGUGGCGAGCAGCAAGGCGAUACAACGGAGCCACGACCGUUAUUGUUUCAACUAGAGGAAGUGUCAGGAUCGGAACGGCCUGCGCAGUUUCUUGUGCUUGAUCGGCUGCCUCCGUCUGAUCAGUUCGGACUUCAUACUGCACCGCCAGAGCUAAGCCUCAAACGUCUCGUCAAAGAACACCAGAUAUUGGCCAUGUCACUCCCGGAAGGUGAGAUCUAUGUACGCACAUAUGAGAGUCGAAUGGAUCUCUUGCGCUGCCUCAUUAUCGGUCCGAGAGAUACGCCCUAUGAAAAUGCGCCGUUCUUGAUCGACUUACAAUUACCUGCCAAGUUUCCGGAAGAGCCGCCCGUGGCCCAUUUCCACAGUUGGACCGGUGGACUUGGUCGUAUCAAUCCGAACCUUUACGAAGAAGGCAAGGUUUGUUUGAGCCUGUUGGGGACCUGGUCCGGGGAAAACGAGAGCGAGAAAUGGAGCAACAAGGCAACAUUGCUUCAGGUGCUCGUCUCCUUGCAAGGCUUGGUGCUGGUGAAGAGACCCUUUUACAACGAGGCAGGAUUCGAAGGAUAUGAGCAUGACAAGGCAUAUGCAAGGGAAUCGGACUCGUACAGUGAAAAGGUCUUCGCCAUGUCUAGGCGAUUUGUGAAAAGCGCUUUGCUCCGCCCGCCGGGUGGGCUGGAAGACAUACUCGCUUGGUUAUAUCUGCCGCAUGUUAUGUCGGAUCCGAGCAAAUGCCUACUUGGCAACGUCAUUGAGCGAGGAAACCUACUGUUACAGAGAUCUGAAGAGGCUCGAACGAAUCAAGAUGACUCGUUGGUCGACUCGGCAGGAUCAAAGGACGACGAGACCAGAGUGUUUUUGAAGCCACUGAGUCGUGGCGCGGCUUCUAUGCUGAGAAGAUUGAUUGGUGAAUUGCAGGCACAUCUUGACCGGGUUUCGGCGGAGAAGACGACGAGACAAUGUGAUGAUGACGAUGACAAUGAUGACGAAAAAUGA